AAGAGAGAAGCUUCUGCAUCACGGUCUCUCCUACGAUGGAUCGUGACUCGCGUUCGUAUUCCUGCGGAGGCUGCGAGAGGACCGAGGGUCGAGCUACGCCGAUGGAGUAACAAGUGAGCGGCGAAGCGGCGUUGCCAUGACGACAGAGACUCACACUGUGGCGAUGACAGAUCCACAGUUAUCGAACAAUAACAAUAACAACAACAACAACAACAACAAUAACGAUGGCGAGCCAAAGUACCUGCACAAAAAGUUCAAGAAGAUGGCGACGACGGAGGUCGCGCCUAAGCUGGAGCCAAAGAAGGAAUCCCCUGGCAACAACAGUUCUCCAGAGACACCGAAGAAAAAGGAUACGGCCAAGGACUCCAGAGAGUCGAUCAAGGAUCCGAUCAAGGUCGAGGCCUCUCCGGAACCGGGGGACGGGGAACCGACAGAGUCUAGGAAAAGCGGCUACGUGUGUCCUUAUUGCAGGCUCUCCUGCGCAAAGCCAAGUGUCCUGCAGAAACACAUCCGUGCCCACACGAACGAAAGGCCGUAUCCUUGCGUGCCCUGCGGUUUCGCGUUUAAGACCAAGUCGAAUCUCUACAAGCACUGCAGGUCUCGUGCUCACGCGCUGAAGAUGGAAGGAGGUGAUGCCAGCAAGGUAUCAGAAGACUCGGACAUAAGCUUAUCGGACAGCGCGAGCAACGGUACCGGGACACCGCCGCCUCCGCCGUCGUCGACGCCUACGUCCACCAUGUCUAGCAUGAAAACGAUCAGGACGGGGAAAAUUUACAAGCCAAAAUUCCACACGGCGCUCCAGUGCGUCAGCCACGACACCGAAACGUCUUCCCUUUCAUCCGUUUCUUCCAAUAACAGUUCUUCCCCGACGACAACCGCCGCCGGCGCCGGUUCGAAGCCGAAUCCAGAGCAAGUACAAGAGCACAUCGACAAGAUCAUCACCGACAAUCAAGCGAUCGUGGACGCGGUGGAUCCGCGGCUACACAAGCUGAUGCAAAGGCAGCAAAGUCUCGUCGAAACGAAGCAGUGCGAUCAGCCGUUGAAUCUCUCUUCCGUCGAGGAAUCCGCCUCGAGGAAACGCUGCUACAGCGAGAGCUUCGUUCGAGAAAGCAAAGAUUGCCAGAACAGUUCCGAGAGCUCGUUGAUCAAGGACCUCCUCCUGAGCAAUCCAAAUCCGUGUCAAGAUGGACCAGCGGAUAACGAAAAUUACCUUUGUCCGUCUUGCAAUAUCCCUUACUCGAGCAUCGACAAUCUCGACGCUCAUCGAAGGUACUACUGCAAGGGCAGCGUGAGCCCCCGCAUGGAGUGUAAGCUGGAAAUAGAGAAAAGAGAGCCCGACUUGGAAUCAAAGUCUUCCGAUUAUUACAAUACGCUGCAACCUCUGCCUUCCCCAGGGCCGCUCUUAGGCAACACGAGACUCGUCGACGCGUACGCACCACCAGCGAAGAAGCAACGCUCGGAAUCCGUGCCUACCACGCUGCGAUCCCUCGAGGAGCUCAGCAAGUAUCCGCGACCCAACUCGUUGCAGAUGUUCGGCGGUGAGGUUAGGAUCCUGGACAAUACAGGCGAAACGAAAACGAUGAGGAUCGAGCCGCGACAAACCAACUCCCCUACCAGCGAGCAUACGGUGAGCAGCAAAUGCGUGACGUCGGAGACCGCGUCGAUCGUGGUCAGGUCGGGUCUUCACUCGGGAGGCACGAUGAUGCACAAACCGUCAGGCACGCCAGCCAGCACGCCGAACACCUCCAUAUCUUUGCCCAACACGCCACAGAUGUUGGCGCCGAUCAUGCCGAACAUAUCAACUCCGAACAUAGCCCCGAGCAUGUCGUGCUACAAUUACCUCGAGCCCCACCUGAACCCACUGACCAGCAUCACUGCCUACAAUCCGCUGACACUGCCCCAGGCGGGCAUCACCAGUAUCCUUCACGGCGGCAAAGUCAUACCGUACGUUCCUGGCAUGCCUGGACCCCACACCCUCACCCCGGCCAUAGACAUAUCUUCGAGUAUAGCGACAGGCAACGCCGGAUACAAAGUGAUACCAGGCUUGCCCGGCCUCCACAUGGUCCCACAGCCGUUGGAUCUCGCCAGUCCGGUGAAGAUACAAACACCGAUCGUACCUGGUAUCCCGGGACCGAUGUCCACCGGGCACGCGAUGGGCCAGCCGCUGGAUCUCGCCAGCCCGGCGAAGGACUCGAAGCUUGGCUUCAAGACACCCGCUAGCGAAGCCUCGAAGCCCGAGUUCACGAGCCCGAAAGUUCCUAGCAUUAAGAUUGAACCCUCUACGGACAAGUACCGCAGGGUACCGUCCACCGGCGAUAUCGUCAAGGUGGAGCUCGACCGUCAUAUCAAGAAUAGCGUGGCUAUCAAGUACAAGGGAAUGGAGAGUCCUAGGGAGAGGCGAGAAUUCUCGUACGACAGAAGUCCCAAGGUCGAGAAGACUUUCGGUUACGCAAACGGCGUUGAUUCUAACGUAUCCCUGGCGAAUUCCUACAGCAAGCUCAGAUAUUCGCCAAAGGAGUCCACCGAGAGCAGGAAGAGGGUGUCAACGUGGAACGUGAGCGAAUUGGAAGCCAGUAAGACGCCUGAUCCGUUAGGUCCCAAUACGUCGUCGAGCUCCAAGUACGAUUCACCUCCUCCUUUGGAGAACGGGCGUCUGAAAACGAGCUUCGUCGAGAGCAGAGGAAAGUCGAUGGAGAACUGCGCUACUUUCAACGGGGCGAAAAUAAAGCCUGAACCCGCGACGUCGAUGGUGCUCGUUAAUCUGGACGCACCGAAGACAGAUGUGCCAAGCAAAGCUUCCGUAGAUGUAGUCGUUAAGAUAGACAAGCCGGAGGAGGCUAGGUCUCCGAAGAACGGCGACGCCACCAAAGAGGAGAUCAACUCGAGCAAAUUCCUGAGGCCCACUUCCUUGCCGUUGAAGCCUGGCACGUUCACGCCGAAGAAGCAUCACGGUAUCACCCCCACCGCGAACACGCUACCUCUGAUCAGCCCCGAGACUCCAAGGCCCAAGAAAUCGUACGGGCAGCUCUACUUGAACGGACACGCCUACACAUAUCUAGGCCUCAAGUGCUCUACCAGGGUGUUUUACUGCACUCUGAACCGACCACAACCGAUGUACGUCACUCAACAACACGGUUUGUCCAUGUACUCCAACUGGAAGAUAUGCAAGGAAGCUCCACCCGACGUCGACAUGGCGCACUACGAUUCGAGGCAUAGACCUCUCAAUUAUACCACCGCCUCGAAGAAGCAGGAGGAUAUCUUAACGCAUUCCUCGCAAAGACCGACCACGCCGACCAACCUGGACAGCGGUUUGGAUGGCGACAUGCAGGAGAAAGCGAAGAGAGUCAAGAUCUUUGAUGGUGGUUUCGAGAGCAACGAGGACUACACGUAUGUUAGGGGCAGAGGUCGAGGUCGAUACGUUUGCGAGGAAUGCGGCAUUCGCUGUAAAAAGCCAUCCAUGUUAAAGAAACAUAUCAGAACGCACACAGACGUAAGACCGUACACAUGCAAGCACUGUGCUUUUAGUUUCAAAACCAAAGGCAACCUUACAAAGCACAUGAAGUCCAAAGCUCAUUACAAGAAGUGUGUCGAGCUGGGUGUCGUUCCUGUACCCACGUCGGUCUGCGAUGAGAACAUCGACAAAGACGCCAUAGCUCGGUUAGCUGCCGGUGGCAACACGGAAGAGUCCUCGGAAGAGGAGGAAGAGAGCGACGGGGAAGAUAGCGAGGAGUCCGGAAGCGAAGAACAGGAAGCAGCCCAGAGCUUAUUGAGCCUCUCGCAACGCAACACAAACAGAUUCCCAGGUCUUCUGCCAUCCGGAAGACCCACGACUUAUCCGUACACUUUGACUUUCCCAACGACCUCCACAUCAGCAACCGUCUCGGUCGCUGUGAGCAACUCUCCUUUGAGCGGUCAAGGUGUUAGCACUCAAGCAACCACCCUCGUUCGGAACGAGCUGCCUUAUCGCUACUACUUUCCAUCGAACCGUACCGCCCCCGAAGAAUCCAGAACAACCGUGAUCCAGUCAUCGAAGAAGGAUAGCUCCGACGUGGAAGUGGAUGAAGUGGACGCAGACUCGCGAAACAGUUUGCCUCAGCCCAUGGAUCUCACAACGAAGCCAGCCAUGCAAUCCUUGUCAUCUCCCAUCUUGCAGAGGGCCAAACCUGCGGAUAUUCUGACCCCCGUCUCGGAGCCAGUUCUUCUGCAAACGAUCGUCCAAACGAUGGAGAGACUACCGAUCCAAGGCAGAGAAUGGAAACCAGACGCCGAGGGUCAUAUGCUGCAGGCCUAUCUCACGGAAAGACACAUGAUGGACAGCAAAAUGAAACAACAGUAUCGCGUAGGGAACACGAAGAUAGAGAAGCAUCCUAAAGAAAGGGACUUUUAUCUGAGGCAGCUCUCUCCGAAAUCCAGGACCAUGGAAUCGAACAAUGCACCCACGGUAACGUACACCGAUCCCAGCAAGAUGCAGCAAACAGUGUUGGAUUCCAGGAUCAAGCACGUGUCGAAACACACCACGGAUGAGAUCAAGAUGGAGAUCAGAGAGAAGAUCUAUCAGAACAACGUUGCGGUGGAACGACGAUCCUUCGAUAUGGAGUCCAUUCACAGGGAUAAGGAGCAAGGAAGUCGAACGAUUCCCGAGAGAGAGAAUUUUGAGCAUGGUUUGAUCAAUUCCGUUCCAAAAACGAGCGUGGAAUACGGUAUAGCUAAAAGUAACAAUUGCGUGGAGAGGUCCAGUUACUCCGGGGAGUCCCCUAACAGGAGCACACCGCAGAGUGUGGAUUGUCACUCACCCAAGUCUUUCAACUCUGAGGCCAACAAUCGACUCUUGGCAAUACCGCACUUGAACAAUGACAUGGAAAGGAAUUCGGUGUUCGGUUCGAUGAAAGCGAUGAACGAAUUGGAAAGAGCUCGGGAAUGCCACACGGCCAAUCAAGAGAUCAGACCAAUGAGUCACGAAAUUAGGGUCUCGACGACGGACCAUCGAAUGCAGAGUCAGAGUCCACGGAAUUUGGACAUGAGGCCACCCAGCCGCGAAAUGCGAACGCCGAACCAGGACUACAGAGGUCAGAUGCAAGAACUGCGACCACCCGCGCAGGACUACAAAUUGUGCAGGCAAGAAUUGAGACCUCCUAGUCGCGAAUUCAAGCCUCUGGGUCACGACAUACGCCCAAGUCAAGAUAUGACGGCUUUGAACAGCAUAGAGAUCAGACAGAGCAACGUGGACAACCGACCACCGAGCAGAGACAUGAUUCUGUUGUCGGAGUACAGACACCCUCAGCCUCAAGAACCUAGGGUUAAUUUUGACAUGAUCCCAUUGGCCAUACACGACGCCACCAAGAUGCAAGAUGUUCCAAGACCACCGCCAACCGUGGACAUGAGAAACGUGGAACGCGUUGAAAUGAAACAUACAGAGAUGACGAAGCAGAGCAUAGCGGAAAGUAUCAAGCACACGGUUGCACGGAAGAUGGUCGUCGGAGGACCUGGGUUCAGAUCACCUUCGCCUACUGGAGGAAGUACCAAGCCGCAAGCUGAGUUCUUACAGCCUUCCAGUGGACCUGCGCCCAAUUAUGUCAGUUACAGUGUAACCGAAGAUGGGAGAAGUGUUUGUGGAAUUUGUAACAAAGUGUUCAGCAAACCUAGUCAGUUGCGGUUGCAUAUCAACAUUCAUUACUUUGAGAGACCAUUUAGAUGCGAAAGCUGCGCAGUUUCUUUUCGAACCAAGGGUCAUUUGACAAAACAUGAAAGAUCUGUUUCUCAUCACAAUAAGGUCAGUAUGACUUCCACGUUCGGAGCUGCGACUACCAGCAAUCCUAGACCGUUUAAGUGCACUGACUGUAAAAUAGCAUUCAGAAUACACGGUCAUUUGGCGAAACAUCUUCGCAGCAAGAUGCAUAUUAUGAAAUUAGAAUGUUUAGGUAAAUUGCCAUUCGGAACGUAUGCUGAGAUGGAAAGGUCUGGCGUCAAUUUGAACGACAUUGAUACUACCGACUGUGAUAAUAGUCUUACUAGUCUCCAGAUGCUGGCUCAAAGACUUUGCGAGAAAGAUCCUAGUAAAAUAGGGCAAUGGGAUUCUGAGCCUAUUCCAAGCCAAGUUAUCAGUGGAGGCGAGACGUCCUCGGACGAGGGUGAGCCUAUACCACAGCAUGCGAUCCAUCCGUGCUCUAUAAAAGUAACAACAGACACGGAUAUGUCUCGAUCAUAUCAUGUGCCAAUCACCAACGAAGAUCCAAAGUCUGAUGUUCAACUUGGGAAUCCUCAGUUUAAGCAGCAGGGGCGCGAGUACAGCGCGAAAGAGAGGCCAAAUCAGCCUACAUUUCCCGUGGAGGAUGUAAGGCCGGAUGAAAACAUGCAAUCAUACAAGUGCCAAAUUUGCACGGUGUCUAUGCGUACUAUGAACGAAUUGCAAGUACAUUGUUUUGUUGAACAUAAUAUCGAAUCGGAGUCUAGUACAAAUAUACAUUUGGGGGAUAGGGGCGUGGACAAGUGUAGAGGGAAAGAGAAUACUCAGAAAAAGGUAACAGACGAGUCUGUAGUCAAGGAAGAUCACAAUAAACAGAAAGUUGAAGACACAUAGUGCCAAAAUAAUACAGUGAACCAAGAAAUCAACGGUGAAGUUAUUUGACUGAAUUCGUUGCCGUGCCGAUAAAAUAGUUAUAGUACGUAUAGAUGUCCCCUAUAAAGUGUUACAAUCUGUUUUCUCAGAAAGUAAUGAAAAUAUCGACUUUAUUUAUGUUGUAAAGUAAAAUGUUGUUGUAAAGUAAAAUAGCACAGAGUGGUUAUGUUUCAAGAAACAUAACUGUUAAAUGAAAAAAAGAUAUUUAGAUAACUCUUAUCUUCUAGAACUGAUUUUUUUGUUUACAUUGUAUUUCGUCUGGUGGUUUA